AUGUCGCUCGUCAAAGCCGAGCUGACGCACCAGGUGUUCCAGGUCGGCCUGACGCACGCGCUGAGCACCGAGAGCGAGGAGAUCAUGGGCCUCCUCCUCGGCGACGUCUUCGACAACGGCCCCGACGGCCUCACGUGCCGCGUGUGGUGCGCGGUGCCCCAGAUCCGCAACGACCGCCGCCGCGACCGCGUCGAGGCCUCCCCCGAGCAAGUUGCGCAGUGCGCACAGGUCGCCGAACGCAUCGCCGCCGCGACGGGCGUCGCCACGCGCGUCAUCGGGUGGUACCACUCCCACCCGCACAUCACCGUCCUGCCGUCCCACGUCGACGUCCGCACCCAGAUGAUGUUCCAGCAACUUGACUCAGGGUUCCUGGGUAUAAUUUUCUCGUGCUUCAACGAGGGCGGCGCGGGGGAGGCGUCCGCGCGCGGGGGGCACAUCAAGGUCACGGCGUUCCAGUCGUUUCAGGGGCCGAGCGGGCCGGAGCGCAGGCACGUGCCGGUGGAGCUGUGCCCGGCGCGCAACCGCGCGGAGGAGGGGCUGUCGGACCUCGGGGGCCUCCUGCGCAUCAUGCUGCUCGAGGAGCAGAUGGCGAAGCGCACGGUGAAGCGCCUGGCGUCGACACGCAGCUCCCUGGGCGCGUCCCCCUCGGACGUCACCGCGCAGGUCGCCUCCCUGCACGCCUCCUCGGUCUACCUCGCCUCCUCCACAACCCUCCUCGAGACGUUCCUGCUCGCGCUCCUGCGCGUGGCGGAAGACAGACACCGCGCCGUCGAGGGCCAGCUGCGGCAGAUCGAGGCGGACAAAGAGAGCAUGCGCGGCCUGCUCGCGAAGCGGCGCGCGCAGCCGGCUGCGGGGGCCGCGGCGGCGGCAGCAAACAUCGUGGGGGACUUAUUGGGGGACUCUGACCACGCGGGGGGGAUGGCCGCUGAGCCCGGACAAGGGCCGAUGGCGGAUCUCAUCAGCUUCGGCGAUACGCCGCCCGGGUCGGCGCGGGGGGGGGGUCCCGCGGAGGUGCGUCAGAUCAAGCGGUAUGACACGGGGGACUUCGUGGGGUCUCUCCUCGGGCCGACAGCGACUCCGCGCGGCGCGGACGUCGGCGACCAGGCAAAACGCAUGGCCGCGGUGCUGUCUGCCGCGGCGCACGGGGCGGGCAUCGUUUCGCAUCCGAUAGCGGAUGCCGACGCGCAGCGGUCGUCGGUGGGGACGCCACACGGGCACGACCCGCAGCCGACGUGGUCGGGCGAGCGGGCGCUGGAGGGCAUCGGGGAGCUGGCGCUCGGGGACCGGCGGCACAGCCGGGGAUCAGCGGUGUCGGGGGGGGGAGUGAAUCAGCCGGGCACGCGACCAGCGGCGCAUCGGACACCGCCUCCGCCGCCGCCGCAGCCGCCGAGGAGGUAG